AAUAACGGUCCAGAUCUUUCGAGGCACGAACAUCCCCUUCGCCUCUCGGUUCCUCCCUCGCCGUGUGUAGUACGGCCGGCGAGAGAGCUGCCCCCCCCUUCCUCCUGUACCCACAAGUUUCUCGGCGAGAUGGAUGCCGAUGCGGGUGGUUCUUCCGCAAUAACCCCAGACGCGGGCGCGGAGACGAGGGAGGUCACAGGAAAGAACGUUGUGGUGAUCCUCGUUGGUCCCCCGGGCAGCGGCAAGUCCACGUUCGCCGAGGCCGUCCUCGCCGGCGCCAACACCGGCCGCCCCUGGGCCCGCGUCUGCCAGGAUACAAUUGGAAAGGGUAAAGCUGGGACCAAAAUACAGUGCUUGAAGGCUGCUGCGGACGCUUUGAAGGAGGGGAAGAGUGUUCUCAUCGACCGCUGCAACUUGGAUCGUGAGCAGCGUGCUGAUUUUCUGAAGCUUGGCUCCACCGUACAAGCGGAUGUGCAUGCUGUUUUCUUGGAUCUCCCUACGAAGGUUUGCAUCUCACGCUCAGUUAGCCGGACGGGCCAUGAAGGGAAUCUGCAGGGCGGGAUGGCUGCCAUGGUUGUGAACCGCAUGCUGAAGAAGUUGGAGACUCCCUUGCUUACUGAAGGUUUCAGUCGGAUCAUGUUCUGUAAGGAUGAUGAUGACAUUAAGCAGGCAGUUGACAUGUAUUGUGCUUUAGGGCCUUCACAUAGUCUUGCUUCAGGAGUAUUUGGCCAGAAGAGCAAAGGGCCUGUACAAUCUGGUAUAACGAAAUUUUUCAAGAAGGCAGAUACUUCUAGUGUUGAGAAAUCCAGUGGAACUAAGCUUACGUCAAGUGAAAGAAAGCCAGGGCAGAAGAACCCGUUGUCAAAACAGGAAAACCUUGAAGCUGGUGGCACCUGUUCAAUGGAAGUAGAAAAGAAGCUGAAUAACAUGAAUGGAAAUGAAGAACGGAGUAAACAAAUUGUUCCUGCUGACAUCAAUUCUAGCACUUUGGCAUUUCCAUCCAUUUCCACUGCGGAUUUCCAGUUCGAUCUUGAGAGAGCAUCUGACAUUAUAGUAGAUGCAGCUACUGAAUUUGUGCAGAAGCAUGAUAAUAUGAGACUCGUUCUUGUUGACCUGAGCCAGAAAUCAAGAAUAUUGUCGUUGGUCAAGGACAAGGCUGCUAAGAAGAGCAUUGAUUCCAGCAGAUUUUUCACAUUUGUGGGGGACAUCACUCAGUUGCACUCAAAAGGAGGUCUCCAGUGCAACGCGAUUGCUAAUGCUGCCAACUGGAGGCUAAAACCUGGAGGUGGAGGGGUUAAUGCAGCAAUAUUUAAUGCUGCUGGAGAAGGUUUACAGCAUGCAACCAAGGAAUGUGCCGACACAUUGAGACCUGGUAGCUCUGUCACUGUUCCACUUCCAUCAACUUCCCCUCUGCGUCAGCGGGAAGGGGUGACCCAUGUCAUACAUGUUCUAGGACCAAACAUGAACCCAAUGCGGCCAGAUUGUCUGAAGAAUGAUUAUACCCAAGGGUGUAAGAUUCUUCAUGAUGCAUAUAAUUCACUUUUUGAGAACUUUGCAUCCAUCUUCCAGAGCUACACGGGGAAGCAGAAUGAUGAAACUUCAUCAAAGAAGUCAGCGUCCAGAGUGAUAUCACCUACUGAUUCAAAAAUGAAGAGAGAGGACAGCCAUGAUUCUGAAAGGACCAAAAAAUGUAAGUUGCCUCCACCUAUUUUGACUUCAAGGCAACACCAGGAGCGCAAAGGGACAAGCACUCUGAAUUAUCAUGAUAAUACCAUGGUGCCAUCUGAUGCUCCAAGCCAAGCUAGAGAGGAAGGCAGCAAGAGGAAUGGCGCAGUCACCAAUAAAUCUUGGGGAUCCUGGGCACAGGCCCUUUAUGAGGUUGCCAUGCACCCAGAAAAAUACAAGAACUCGAAUUCUAUCCUGGAGGUAUCUGAUGAAUUAGUUGUUCUGAAGGACCUCUAUCCCAAGGCCAAAAAGCAUGUUUUGGUGAUAUCUAGGACAGAUGGUCUUGAUUCUCUAGCAGAUGUCAAUAAAGAGCACUUAUCUUUGCUGAGGAGUAUGCAUUCAGUUGGGGUCAAGUGGGCACAGAAGUUUGUAGAGGAAGAUGCAUCUCUGAUAUUCAGACUUGGAUAUCAUUCGGUUCCAUCCAUGCGACAGUUGCACCUUCAUGUGAUAAGUCAGGAUUUCAACUCACCCGGCUUGAAAAACAAGAAGCACUGGAAUUCCUUCACCAGCGUGUUUUUCCUUGAUUCUCUGGAUGUCAUGGAGGAGAUUGACCAGCAUGGAUCCGCAGCCAUCAGCAGCGAUGAAAAGCUUCUUGCAAUGGAGCUAAGGUGCCACAGAUGCAGGAGCGCCCACCCGAAUAUCCCGAAGCUCAAAUCCCACAUUUCGUCCUGUAAGUCUUCCUUUCCCGCCCAUCUUCUGAAGAAAGACAAGUUGUUGUCAGCUUCAACGUUCAGUAUGGACUGCACUUAGAAGUUAGAACUCAACAGAACAGGAUGAUCCUUGUAAGCACAUUUUUGUGUUGCAUGCUUUUAGAUGGAUGGGCGGCCACGUCGAUGUUUCUUUUCUAUCCAACGUUGCACAACCGAGCUUAUGUAAAUGAUCAUGUCUUAUUCUGCAUUCCAUAUGGUUCCCUAUAGCGGUAUCUCCCGACAGUUCGGUUAACGUA